AUGGGUUCCAGGUUUGACAAAGCAAUUGACAUGGACCCUAAUGAGCUGACAGAACAUGCUAAAGAGGUUUUGGAGACAAGAAGUGAAGAGUCAAGGUUGUGUCAUGUAACAACAGCUAGUGGGAGAGAGUUUGAAGUCAGGGAUGACCAUGUCAAGUUCCCUGUCACACUUCAGACUAUGACAUGUGGGUGUGGGAAAUGGCAGGGAUCAGGGAUACCAUGCAGGCAUGGUCUUAGGGUCAUCUACAGCCAGAGACUACAGCCAACAGAUUUUGUGUCACCAUACUACAAGGGGGCUGCGUAUAAGAUGACUUAUGGAGACCAUAUCCACCCUAUGGCUGAUCCUACUCAUUGGCCUGCAUUUGAUGUACCUGAAAUUUUACCACCAACUGUCAAAAGAACUGCAGGCAGACCAGCUAAGCAGAGAAGAAGAGCCCCUCAUGAAGCAAGGAAAGGAAAGAGGCACAAGAACAACAAAUGCAGUGUUUGCAAGGAAUUGGGACACAAUGCCUUAACCUGUAAGGCAAGGAAGGAAGCAGCAAAAAAGGCACAAGAUGCAGCAACCUCUUCACAGCAAGCCAAAGGAAGGGGGAGGAAGAGAAAGGCUGACAGUCAGCAACCUUGA